GGACCUGUGCCAUUGAGCAGCGACACAAACCCGGGGAGAAAUCCGCCUGCGAGCAGCCCCUUCCGGGCAUGCAGCCAGGCAGAGAAAACAAGCUCGGGUAGGGAAGCGCAGCAGUUGGCAGCGCCCAAAGAGCAGCCCUCAGGCCCGAAUCCCUCAGGGGCAUUGUUGCCCCCCGGCUUGUGCGCCUUCAGCCGUCCCCGGCCCGGGUCCCCGCUCCCCGCUGGGUCGCACCAGAGCGGGGCCGACGGGGGGAGCCGCGGAGCUGGGCGAAAACCGGUGGCGCAGCGAGGCCUUGGCUGGCGGCCUCCCUCCCUCCCCCGGGCGGGGACCGGGGACCGGGGACCGGGGACCGGCGCCGCGCUGGGCGAGCCUGGCCGCGGGCUUCCCGGGCGGGGCGGCCGCCGCCUUUCUCGGCCCGGCCCGGCCCCUGCCCUGCGGCGGCCGCGGCGACCCGCGAGCGCGCUCCCGAGGCGGCGGCGGCGGUGGGGGCUCGGUUCGGCGCAUGCGCAGUGCGAGGCGCGGCGCCCGGGUGCGGCGCUGCUCGGCGCCAUGGAGCUGCUUCGGCCGGGCUGGAUCCCGCGUCUCUCGGCGCUGCUGGCGCUCGCGCUGCUUCCCAGGGGAGCGCUGGGUAGUUGUGGUACCCCACCAAAGCUAAGCUUUGCUGAACUGCAAGACGAGUCUAAGGCCAAGGAAGAGUUUCCAGUUGGGACCACAGUGACAUAUAACUGCCGCCCAGGUUACCAAAGAGUCGCUGGACAGUCGCCCACUCUUACUUGUGAAGAAAAAUCGGUGUGGUCAGAACCCAAAAUGUUUUGUCAAGGGAAAUCAUGUGGACAUCCAAGAGACCUAGCUAAUGGCAAGGUUCAUAUCACAGAUCUCCUAUUUGGUUCGAACAUUACAUUUUCUUGUGACGAAGGGUUCAGAUUAGUUGGACAUAAUACUAGUCUGUGUGUGAUUGAUGGAACAAGGGUCACGUGGAAUCAUGAACUUCCAUUUUGUGAAGCAAUUCCAUGUCAUCCGCCUCCAGACAUUAAGAAUGGGAGGCAUUCCGGUGACUCCAAUACUGAAUACACCUAUGGCUCAACAGUAACUUACAGCUGUAAUACUGUACCAAGAGGCACAGACCCUUUCUCACUCAUUGGAGAGGCAUCUAUUCACUGUACAUCUGACAAAGACCAAAAUGGAAUUUGGAGUGGAGAGCCCCCUCAGUGUAAAGUGGUCAAGUGCAGUAACGCAGAAGUUGAAAAUGGGAGAAAACUAAGUGGAUUUGGUCCUUCCUAUUCAUAUCAAGAUGCCAUUAUAUUUGAAUGUGAGGCUGGCUACUUCAUGGUUGGCAGUCAUAUGAUUGUAUGCCAAGCAAAUAAUUUAUGGUCUCCUCCAGUACCAACUUGUGAAAAAGAGGUUUGUCCAGACCUGGUCAUCUCUCAUGGAAGAGUAAAGUCUGGAGCAAAACCUCAUUAUGUUGUUGGAGAUCAUGUUACAAUUGAAUGUUAUGCAGCCUACACAAUGCCUGGUGAACCUACGAUUCAUUGCACUGAUAAAUUUAAAUGGGAGCCUGUAAUUCCAGAAUGUAGACUACAGGUUUGUCCAGACCUGGUCAUCUCUCAUGGAAGAGUAAAGUCUGGAGCAAAACCUCAUUAUGUUGUUGGAGAUCAUGUUACAAUUGAAUGUUAUGCAGCCUACACAAUGCCUGGUGAACCUACGAUUCAUUGCACUGAUAAAUUUAAAUGGGAGCCUGUAAUUCCAGAAUGUAGACUACGUGUGUACAUCAUAAUAAUUUGUGUAAUUGUAAUCGCUGCAGUGAUGCUGAUAGUAGCUUUGGUCUAUAAGAAAAUUUUUUCACAGAAAGGCUCAUACCAAACUGAUGAAAACGGCCAAGAAGCAUGCAUGUUAAAGGCUAAAGUACCAGAUGAAAUUGAAGCAUCUGCAUUAAAGAACUAAUUGAAACAUUAAAAGGAAACAUGUCUCCACUUCACCUACUGCUGAGUACACCUCGUGUAAAACUUGAUUGCUUGGAGGGGAAGGAGCAGUGCUGAAAGAAUUCUUUCACAGAUGGAAAAAGGACUGCAUUUGCACUAUAUUUCUGUAGUGGAAUAUUUAGCACCUACUUUCACCAGAAUUGAAGAUGCUUUCAUCUUAGAUUUUUCUUCUCCUUUUGUGAUUGACUGCUGUAGACAUCUACCGCAUCUUUACUAAGGCACAAAGCCAGAAUGUAUACCAGUACCAUCCCUUUUAGCUCACUUGUCUGUGUGAAAUUAAUUUAUACAAAGUUUAGUGCCCAUAGCCUUUUCACAGCAGCCUGGAAUACUAAAACUCUGCAUUCAGGGCUUUAUGCCAGCUGCCUUCUUUCUCUGCCUUGCAGCAUCCUCCUGCUUCCAGAAGAGACUAGGCAAUGAGAGAGUGCGUGGUAGGUUCUUGAUAUGAUUUAUGUUGCAUUAGUGGCCAUAUUGUUUAAAUUUAAGUACCUCUAUUUUAGGACGGUGACUACCUACUGAAAGAUAUGGUGCCUAGUUUAAUUUUCAUAACUUAAGUUUUGCACAUCAUUCCCUUUAUAUUUGCAAGUACUAAAUAUGAAACUAAACUACUUCUCUUGCUGUCCACUGCUUUUGGAUAUACUGUGCAUCUAAACCAGGUUUUUGUAACCUUCCUCUUAAGGCAAUUAAUUGGUCUUGGUGGGCAACAGGGGGAGUCUGGGUAGUAAUUCUGUCCCAGUUAAGAUUGCAAAGGACCACCUUGAAUGGGGAAUCAAGAGAGUGACCUCAUCAGAAACACUUCUUGCGCCUCAGACUUGCUAGAUAAUGAAGGUUUCCCACUGGAAGUGAUGGAAGAUACACACAACUGUACAAAUUGCAGGCACAUACACUCUUUUAAUUGCAAUAUAAAGACAAUCUUGAGGUGGAAGUUGGAUGAGGACAGACUUUUUUCCCCCCUUGCUGAAGGACAAGCAAACACUUGUCAGCUGAAACAGCUCAAAAAAAUUAUUACAUUAGGGAUCUUGGAUAGGGGGUUUCCUACUGGAGUUGGGGGUCUUGGUGCAUAUCUGAAAUCAUAUACUUUCCCAUAUGGUGGGCUCUGAAUUGAAGCUUGGAUUGAACUCAGCAGCUAUAACUCGAAAUGUGUAUCAUUAUGAAAACUGUCAUGAUCUGUUUAUGUCAUAGCCAUGUGUGGCAAAGCUAAUAAACCAAUCCUUUUUCUUUUACCACAGACCAUCUAGGCAGUUCUGUUACAGGUUCACUUUCCCACAGAAGGAAGUGGAUGUAAUUUAAGUCUGUUUUUAUUUCAGCUAUUCAUUGUUCUGUGUGAUAUGGAUGUAUAUAUUUGUAUUAGUACUUUUAGCAUUUCUGAUCAGAAACAUUUGUUUGAAUAAUUUUGAUCCCCUAGCACACUAUCAAACAGUAAUAUUCUGUGGGGUAUGCUUAACAAGGAAGGGCUAGAUUCACAAAAACUUUUUAGUGUCCAGAAAAAUCACUGGAAUUCACAAAGUCUAGGCUGGCUGUGCAAUGAAUUGGGAGAAUCAGAAGCCAGAGCAUGGGAUUCACAAAAACCAGCAUGUUUUUAAGAUGCUCCUUGCAUAAGGUAGCCAAUAGGUGGUACAAAGCCAAGGCAUAUGUGCUAAGCUCUACCCCUCUCUGAGAUUGGUACCUCCCUGCUGUGAAUCCUGGGGUGUAAAGUACCUACACUGUUUUUGCAAGAAGCCUGGGGUGUUGCUCAAGCUUGCAUCUGCUCAGUCAACAUUUAUCCAUCAUACAACAGCUUCUACAUUGGUCCAGCAAAAGGGAGCAUGCACUUAAGAGAGAGGCAUCUGCUCCAGUGACUCUUAAAAUUAUUCACAGUGGAACAGGUUUCAACAAGAGAUACUGAAAGACUCCUACCACAUGGCUAGGGCACUCACUGAGCAGUGACAGAUCCCUGUUCAAAUCCCUUCUCUUCCUCAGGUGGAAGGGGGACUUGAACCAUGGGUCUCCCAAGUGAGUACCCUAUUCACUGGGCUAAAAGUUGGAAGGAAAAUCUGUCCCCUCUUCCCUGUCCUCUAGUCAUUUUGUGCAAGCUCAUCUAUAGGGCCUUGAUCUUGCUUACCUGAUAGGGCCCCACAGAUGAGUUGAGAACCAUCUCGCUUUUCCUGGUUGAAACACCGUUCUGGGGUUUAGGCUUUAAUUGCCUAAAGUGGCAGUUAGAUGCAAACAUCCUUUUGUGAAUGUUGCCCAAAAUGUGUACUAAUCAUUUUGCUUAUCAAAAUAGCUUUAACAGCUAGGACCCUGGUCCUGCAAAGACUUACAUAGUGGGACUAUUCACAAUGUGUAUAAGAAAACAUUGUUAGACUGGGGGUAAAAUUGUUAAUUCCAGGAAUUGCUUUUUAAGUACAGAGUAUAUUAUAAAUGCCUAUUAUAAAUGCCUAUUAUAUCAAUCAUUGGAUUGUUAUAUAGUGCCUUUCAGCAUUAAGGGGGCGGGGGGGGGGAGCUAUUUAAAAUGCAAGGCAAUUGUAAAAUGCUACAGUGUGAUUUUAACCAUAUUCCUUAUUUAGUACUAUUAAUGUUCAGUUUAUGAACACAAGAAGGAUUUGUCUUGUAUUCUUAAUAAAGUGAUGAUUUUUAAGUGAA